GAAUGGCGCAUGCGCCGGCGCUCAACGGCUGCUGAGGCGCCUUCCGUGCGGCGGGGAGAGGAGGAGGGGGCGAGGGUUUUGCGGCAGCCGUAAGUGAAGGCGCUGAGCGGGCGCGACAGAAGCUGGAAGUCGAGGAGGCGGCGGUGGCGGAGGAGGAGCUCCGGCUCUGCCCACUGGCCAGAUCAAGCUGCGAGAUGAGGCCGCAGCAGCCACCUGUCGCCAGCAAGGUCUUUGUCCAGCGGGACUACAGCAGCGGCACCCGGUGCCAGUUUCAGACCAAGUUCCCUCCAGAGCUGGAGAACCGGGUGGACAGGCAGCAGUUUGAAGAGACAGUGCGAACUCUAAACAACCUUUAUGCAGAAGCAGAGAAGCUGGGGAGCCAGUCUUACCUCGAAGGGUGUCUGGCCUGCUUGACUGCCUACACUAUAUUCUUAUGCAUGGAGACACAUUAUGAAAAGGUUCUGAAGAAAAUUACCAAGUAUAUUCAGGAACAGAAUGAGAAGAUCUACGCCCCACAGGGCCUCCUCCUGACCGAUCCCAUUGAGAGAGGGUUAAGAGUUAUUGAAAUUACCAUUUAUGAAGACAGAGGUGUGAGCAGUGGAAGAUAAGUCCAUGAAGUCCAAGGGUCCAGCUUGUUUUGUUCCAGAAAUUUCCUGUACUUCCUCUCCCGUAAGCACCAUUCCUCUCUGCCACCGCCAAAUCCAGGGUGCCAUCUCCCACAAGGACUCACUUCUCAACAUCCUGCUCCUCUCGGAGCCAGCCAGUAUCUAUUUUGUGUCAUCAUGGUAGGCCUUAAGCAAUGCUGUUGCCCAGGUGGCUGGCUUCCAAGGGGAAGUUGUACAGUUGUCGUGGUGCGGUGCCUUGGCAGAUGCAGCGUUUCUGUCCACCUUCCAGAAAAUGGCAAAUGGUGUGUCCUGGGUGGCUGAGUUCUUGAAAACGGGACCCAUGUGUGUGAAUUGGCACGUGGCCCGCCUCCACCUGCCAAAAGCGACGUAAGACACACAUCCUCUUGAGUCUAAGAGUCCCUUUGCAUUAUUUGUUGUUGCCAAGGGUUUGAUUUCUACUCCUUCGCCAAGAGUUGGUGUAGGCUCUGGGGCGUGGAGAUCUUUCCCCCAAACUCGAAAGGAGCCAGUAAACUGCUCGCAACAUUCAGAAUUUUGUGACGACAAAAUGGAUGCUGUACCAAUAAAUGUGACCACCACCACCACCCACCCCUGCUCUCAACCCCCUUUUAAAAGUGUUGAAUAUGUGAGCUAGGUAAUAAAAUGAUUUCCCCAGUUUGUUAUGCAUUAAAACUUCUAGGGCAAGCCAGUGACUUGAUUAGAAAUUGUGGUUGCGAUGGAGCCUUCGUCUCUUGUCAUCGUCGUCUUCCUCCUGCAAACUGCUGACAGGUUUCUCGCUGCUGUCUUCACGUCGUAUUUCACGUGCAUCAACAUUCCUCUUGACAGUGCUUGUGAAAACAGGAAACUUUUAAGUAAAUACCUUCAGCCGAAUCAAGUGGGCUUCAUAUCUUGCUGUGUAAUUCCUUCUCACUUAAUCGCAAUGAGUUCUUUGGUGUGUGAGCUUCAGGAUCUGUUGGAAGAGUUGCUCUGCUUUUUGAAAUGUCCCUCUCUCCUGGGCCCAGAGAGAUUUAACCAGUUGAGACCACUUUUCUAAACAGAUGGAACAUUUGACUUUUGAGUGAUCACAGUAAAUUCCAACAGCGGAUCAAGCUCUGUAGACGGAUGUGUCUUCAGUUUCUGCUCCUUGCUGGUUUCUUUAUCCUCCCCUCUAGAAGUCUGUUUAAUAUUUUAACUGUAUUCUAAUAUUUUAAAGGUUUUCUAAUCUGUAACAGUGUUCUUGCCUUUUGCACCCUACAAUCAGUUUUUUCCAGAAAUAUUAAUGGAUUAGUAGUUUUUUUCUUAAAUAAACUGCUUGUCAUUUGCUAGCA